AUGGGUGCGCUGACAAAAGGACGUUACCUCUCCGCGAUGGGCCUCCUGCUCCUCGUUUACUGCACGGUGUCGGUGAUCUCCAAAGGUGCCACCGGGGAUGCUCAGCCGGACGCCCUACCCUCGGUGCAGGGCACCUUGCCACACUUCAUCCAGGAGCCGGAGGACGCCUACAUCGUCAAGAGCAACCCCAUUAAGCUGCGCUGUCGAGCCGCGCCCGCCUUACAGAUCUUCUUCAAGUGCAACGGGGAAUGGGUGCACCAGAAUGAGCACUUUUCCCAGGAGUACAAGGACCUCAACACUGGGCUGAAGGUGCGUGAGGUGAUGAUAAAUGUGUCCCGUCAGCAGGUGGAGGAUUUCCACGGCCCGGAGGACUACUGGUGUCUCUGUGUGGCCUGGAGCCACCUGGGCACUUCCAAGAGUCGCAAGGCUACUGCCCGCAUCGCCUACCUGAGGAAAAACUUCGAGCAGGACCCCCAGGGGAAGGAGGUGCCAAUCAACGGGAUGAUCGUACUGCACUGUCGCCCUCCGGAGGGAGUGCCUGUGGCGGAGGUGGUAUGGCUGAAAAACGAAGAGCUGCUGAGUUCCCUGACCGACGACAACAUCGACACCCGAGCAGACCACAACCUCAUCAUCAACGAGGCGCGACUGUCCGACUCGGGCAACUACACCUGCCUGGCCAGCAACAUCGUGGCCAAGAGACGCAGCGCCACGGCCACUGUGAUCGUCUUUGUGAACGGCGGCUGGUCCCUGUGGACGGAGUGGUCGCCCUGCAAUGUGCCGUGUGGGCGGGGUGUCCAGAAGCGAUCUCGGACCUGUACUAACCCGGCGCCUCUCAACGGCGGGGCUUUCUGCGAGGGCAUGUCUGUGCAGAAGAUCACCUGCAACGCACUCUGCCCAAUUGAUGGAGGCUGGGACGAGUGGAGCGAAUGGACCGUGUGCAGCAGCCAGUGCGAGAAGCUGCGGAGCAGGGAAUGCAACUCCCCAGCACCCAGACACCGAGGCAGGAUGUGCGAAGGGAACAGAGAGGCCACUGAGAACUGCACAGAUGGACUGUGUACCCAGAAUCGAAAGCUGCUACAUGAUGUUAAACCUCAAAGUAUGGACGGCUCCAAUGACGUAGCUCUGUACUCGGGCCUGGGAGCCGGCAUCAUCGCCGUGGCGAUCCUCGUGGUGGCCGUCAUGCUGUACAGGAAGAACCACAGCGAGUAUGGCGUGGAUGUCAUCGACUCCUCCGCGCUUACUGGGGGUUUCCAGUCUUUCAACUUCAAGACCACCAGACAAGGCAACCCUCUGCUGCUCAACUCCUCCAUGCAGCCCGACCUGACGGUGGGACGGACGUACAGCACGCCCCUCUGCUUCCAGGACAGCACGGACAAAGAGCUCUUCGACCCCCUGCCGGACAUCAAGGUCAAAGUUCAGAGCUCCUUUAUGGUUUCGCUGGGUGUGGCCGAGCGGGCGGAGUUCCACGCAAAGGGCCCCGCCGAGACCUUCCCGCGGGACCUGAGCCGGGACUACAGCGCCAUCGCGGACAGGCGCAAGAAGGGCCUGCUCACCCUCAACGGGCCCUUCAGCGCCGGCAAAGAGCAGCUGAGGACCAACGGCGUGUUCGGCCACCUCGGGGGACGCCUGGUGGUGCCAAACGCCGGGGUCAGCCUGCUGGUGCCUCAUGGAGCCGUGGCUGAAAAUAUGUCCUGGGAGAUGCACAUGGUGAUCAAUCAGGGAGAGGCAAGUGUCCAAACACUGGAAGGCUGUGAGAUCCUCCUGGGCCCCGAGGUGACGUACGGCCCUCCGGCCCUGGACCUCUUCACCCCAGUGGCCAUGACCAUCGCUCACUGCGCCGAGGUGGACACAGAGAACUGGAACAUCCAGCUCAAGAGGAAAACCCAGGACAGCAAGUGGGAGGAAGUGAUGUCGGUGGAUGAGGAGUGCACUUCCUGUUACUGCCUACUGGACUCGACGAGCUGCCACCUGCUUCUGGAGCAGCCGGGCUCGUACGCCCUGGUGGGCGAGCCCCUGACGCAGGCUGCCGUCAAGAGGCUGAAGCUGGCCGUGUUCGGGAGCAUGGAGGCCGGCUCCAUGAGCUACAGCCUGCGGGUGUACUGUGUGGACGACACGCCACACGCCUUUCAGGGAGUGGUGGCUGCAGAGAAGACCAGAGGUGGUCAGCUCCUCGAGGAGCCAAAGAUGUUGCCUUUCCGAGCGAACACCUUCAGCCUCCAGGUGUCCAUCCAAGAUGUUCCCCAGUUCCUGUGGAGCAUCAAACCCUUUACCACAUGUCAGGAGUUCUCCUUCCCUCAAGUGUGGUGCAGCAACCAGCAGCCCCUGCACUGUGCCUUCUCUCUGGAGAGAUACAGCCCUGCCACCGCCCAGCUCUCCUGUAAAAUCAGCGUGCGGCAGGUCAAAGGCCACGAGCAGAUUCUGCAGGUCUACACGGCCGUGGCCGAGACUGAAAAAGAGUCCGUUCCAUUUUUUAUGCAGACAGACUGCACCAUCACGUCCCAGACGGGGCCCAAGGCCUUCAAAAUCCCCUCGUCCAUCCGCCAGAGGAUCUGUGCCACCUUCGACACUGCCAACGCCAAGGGCAAGGACUGGCAACUCUUAGCCCAGAAGCUCCACUUAGAUCGAAACCUGGGUUAUUUUGCAAAGCAGCGGAGUCCGUCGGCGGUCAUACUGAGCCUGUGGGAGGCUCGCCACCAGGACACCGCUGACCUUGACUCCCUAGCCAGCGCCCUCGAGGAGAUUGGCAAGAUCCACUCCAAAAACUCCCCCAAGGACCAGGAUGAGCCGGAGUCCGACUUCAAUCACGUACGAGCGGGCGCCGCCGUGUGUGCAACGGGCACGCUAACAACUCAGACGACAGAGGACUCCGCUCCGGAAUAUACGGGCUGA